GCCUCAUUGCUUAUCCUAUCCUCUCUUCAUGGCGACCCACCACAACCUCCCUCUCCAAGAGAGAAUCUCCCUAAAGAACACUUUCCAAAGAGUCUCAAGCCUUCUCAUCCUCGCCCUCCUCCUCUCCCUCCUCCUCUAUCGCCUCACCUCACUCCAUAGCCAUGGCUCCAUUUGGCUCAUCGCCUUCCUUUGCGAGUCUUGGUUCACCUUCAUCUGGGUCCUCUACAUGAAUGCCAAAUGGAACCCAGUCAAGUACAAAACCUACCCCGAGCUUCUUCUGAAGAGAUCCGAUGAUCUCCCAGCUGUGGACAUGUUCGUCACCACGGCGGACCCCAAGCUCGAGCCUCCGAUUAUCACGGCGAACACCGUGCUCUCUUUGCUGGCUGUGGAAUACCCAGCUCACAAGCUCGCUUGCUAUGUUUCGGACGAUGGAAGCUCGCCCAUGACCUUCUAUUCUCUCGUGGAAGCUUCAAAAUUUGCGAAGCUAUGGGUUCCUUUCUGCAAGAAGUACAACGUUAGAGUGAGAGCUCCCUUUGUGUACUUCUCUUCUGAGCCGCAAGCUCCACAAACUCUCUUACAAGAAUUCAUGGACACCUGGAGAUACAUGAAGAAUAAGUAUGAGGAGUUAAGUCAAAGAAUUGACGAUGCUGCUAAAGAUUACAUUUCGCAUCGCAUGGAUGAUGAGCUUGCUGAUUUCUCAAAUAUUGAACGAGGAAACCAUCCGAGCCUAAUUAAGGUUAUAUGGGAGAACAAGGAGGGCUUAGAAGGUGGCAUCCCCCAUCUAGUAUAUGUGGCUAGAGAGAAGAGGCCAAAACUUCCACAUCAUUACAAAGCUGGAGCUAUGAACGUUCUGGCAAGGGUCUCAGGAGUGAUGACAAAUGCUCCAUUCAUGCUCAAUGUGGACUGUGACAUGUUUGCUAAUCACCCUGAGGUCAUUCUUCAUGGCAUGUGUCUGCUACUCGGGUUUGACAACGAGGUGUCAAGUGGAUUUGUUCAAGCACCACAGCAGUUCUAUGGGGCUCUCAAGGAUGAUCCCUUUGGGAAUCAAUUAGUGGUCUUGCAAGAGAUUACUGUGGGAGGAACUGGAGGACUUCAAGGUCCAUUUUAUGGAGGGACAGGAUGCUUUCACCGAAGAAAAAUUAUAUGUUCUACACCUAGGCCUGCUGGAGUUAGCAAACAUGUUCAGUCUUCAAUAUGGAGGAAAAAUUCCAGUUUUCUCUAUUUGGUGCUAAAUGGCAUGUUUGCUUCUGCGACAGAUGAGUUAUCUUACAAUGAACUACAAAGGAUUUAUGGGGAUUCUAGAGAAUUAAUAGAGUCAGCUUCUCAUAUAACUUCAGGAAAAUUUAGAGAAAGUUCAUGCGUCGACGAUCUUUCAAGCAGCGUAGAAGCUGCUAAAAGAGUUGCCUCCUGUACCUACGAGUUCAAUACAUGUUGGGGAAACAAGAUUGGAUGGGCCUAUGGCUCGAUGACAGAAGACGUCCUCACCGGGCUAAGAAUUCAUUCGAUGGGUUCGAAAUCAGUGUGCCUGAAACUAGAUCCACCUGCAUUCCUCGGGAGUGCCGCAACCGGAGGUCCGGCGAGCUUGACACAAAACAAGAGGUGGUCCACAGGCCUUCUUGAGAUCUUAUUGACUAGGAGGAGCCCCAUACUUGCCACCUUCACCAAGCAGCUCGAGUUUCGGAUGUGCUUGGCCUAUUUGCUUGUAAUUGUUUGGGCCUUACGCUCCAUCGGAGAGCUCUGCUAUGCUUUGCUACCUGCUUACUGUCUCAUUGCCAAUACCUCCUUCAUGCCCAAGGCCUCAGAACCUGUUUUCGUGAUUCCUUUGGCUCUCUUCCUCAUCUGCAACAUGCACUCGUUAAUGGAGUACGUCCAAUGUGGACUCUCAGUCCGCGCUUAUUGGAACAACCAGAGGAUGAAUAGGAUCUUCGCAAUGACUGCAUGGCUCUUAGGUUUGCUUGCCGUCCUCCUCAAGACCCUUGGCCUCUCCGAGACAGUAUUCGAAGUCACCCGAAAGGACCAACAAUCCGAUACCAAUGAUACGGACAAAGACCCCGGGAGGUUUACCUUCGACAACUCGCCAUUGUUUGUCUCUGGCACUGCAGUGCUGCUCGCGAACCUGGCGGCGCUCACCGUCGGCCUGCUACGGCUUCGCCGGCCGGUCGUUGGACCGGGGCUUGGAGAGUUUGUUUGCAGUGUUUGGGUGGUGCUCAGCCUCUGGCCAUUCGCGAGGGGUCGUGUAGGGAGGGGGAGUUAUGGAAUCCCUUGGCCUGUCAUUAGGAAAGCUGCUGUCUUGGCGUCUCUCUUCGUGCAGUUUUCUGUAUUGGAACGGGUGCACUAGUCUAAAGUGGGUGGUUUGGGCUUCAACUUUCAACUUCAGAAAUAACAAAAAUUGGGUCCUACUUCCACACGCUGAGGGGUUUAAUAGCACUACCAUUAGGAUCCAAAAGAAAGCAACAUUGAUGGACAAGUCCAACCUUCCAACAACAUUAAAGUGGAUUGAACCAUGGGAUCACAAUGCUUGGCCUUCU